CUCUCUCUUUCUAUAUACAUAAAAGGAAAAUAAUGGUAACAUUAAAAACAAAAAUAUAUAUAUAUAUAAACAAAAGACACGCUAAGCUCAACUACAAGAUUGACAAGACUCUGGCUCUCUCUCCACUGCUUUCUAAUCCCCUUAUCCCUCACCCCUAUGGGCUUUCCUUGCAUCCCCAUAAACUGAGGAGUUUGAGAGAGAGCUCCAGACACUGAACCAGAUCUUCUCAGUAUCAGACAUCUCUUUUUGUUUUGGGUUAUGGAUACCGUACAGCAGCAGAAGAGCAGAGAGAGAGUUGGAGAGAGGCAGGAGGGGAAGGAAGGGCACUCAGUAAAGCAGCAACAGCAGCCGCCAUUCACUGCCUCACCACCUUCGGCUUCUUCAUCUCCUUCUCAUGAAUUCUCCUUCACAAUCUCUCUCCACCCCUCCUCCACCACAAUCCCAGAUAAAGCUAAGGCGCAGACUUCGACCUUUGCCAUAGAUUUAUCUCCGGCCGAUGAUAUUUUCUUCCACGGUCACUUGCUACCCCUCCACCUACUUUCUCAUCUUCCUGUAUCUCCUCGCUCCUCCACCAAUUCCUUGGACAGUUUCACUCUCCCCAUUAGAGAAUUGCUAGAAGAUCAAAAACCCGAGAACAAUGGCAGCAACUGCAGCAGCAGCAGCAAUAGCCAGAACAUCAAGAGAAGCUGCAAUAGCGAGAACAACAUCAGCAGCAGCAGCAACAGACGCCAUCAACAAAGCAACAGCAGCGAGACAAAGGAAAGAAACAAGUCCAAGUCCUUCUCCCUGUUUGGGCGAUGGCGAAAAGGCUGUGAGAUUGGAGACAAAGAAGAGAAGGAGAAACAGAAGAGAAAGCUGAGAUUCGAUGUAAGCCAUGUACUGAAAAGGUACGUGAGAAUGGUUCGACCCCUCUUGUUCUUCAGAGGGAGGAGGGACAACAUCCAAUUCCGGAGGCAGCCUUAUUCGUUUUCAGGGAAUUUAAGCUUGAGGGGUAAACAGGAGCUGAGAGGAAGGCGAGGGGAAUUCUCAGCUCCGGCGUCGAUGAGGACAUCUCCAACAAACAGUGGCCUUCUCGUGGCAACUGCAACUCUUCCUUCUUCUACAAGCGACAGCACCAUGGAAGAGUUGCAGGCUGCAAUCCAAGCUGCAAUUGCUCAUUGCAAGAACUCCAUUGCUGUGGAAGAGAAACUCAAAUGCAAAGACUAGGUUCCUGCAAGUUUCAAACUUUCCCAUUUUUUCUUUCUCACUUUGCACUUUAUUUUACAUAUUUAUUUCCUUGUGUAUAAAAUAAUAAAUCCAUAUAUAAAGAUGUACCAAAUGAGUGGAAAAUGAUGAUGGGAAUUCCAGAAUGAAUUUGCAUUUUCUA